GGCGGGUUGCGGGGCCGGCGCUGGUGGCGGGGCCAGGUGCAUGGCGGUCUGUCGGCGGAGUCGGCCUCGGGGGCUGUCAGAUCUGUGACUUGGAGGAAAACCUCAGGCUUCGGGGUGCUCCCGGUGCUGGCCAGAAGCCCGCUUCAUGUCUGCAUGCACGAGCGCCAGCGUGCCAUGGAGAGCGUGGGGUUGCAGACGGUGACGCUCAGUGAUGGGACGACAGCCUAUGUUCAACAAGCUGUCAAAGGAGAGAAGCUGCUUGAAGGGCAGGUGAUCCAAUUGGAGGACGGGACCACUGCAUACAUUCACCAAGUGACCGUGCAGAAAGAGUCCCUGGCCUUCGAGGAGGGCCAGCCCGUGCAGCUGGAAGACGGCAGCACGGCCUACAUCCACCGCACCCCCAAAGAGGGCUAUGACCCCAACGCCCUGGAAGCUGUUCUGCUGGAGGACGGCUCCACCGCCUACAUCCACCACCCCGUGGUGCCUGCGGAUGGCACCAUCCUGGCUGUGCAGGCAGAGGUGGGUCUGGGGGACCUGACCGCAGAGGAUGACGAGGGCUUCAGCACAGACACCGUGGUGGCCCUGGAGCAGUAUGCCAGCAAGGUUCUGCACGACAGCCAGGUCCCCCACAAUGGCAAAGGGCAGCAGGUGGGGGACCGAGCAUUCCGUUGCGGCUACAAGGGCUGUGGACGCCUCUACACCACUGCUCACCACUUAAAGGUGCAUGAACGCGCUCAUACUGGGGACCGUCCCUACAGGUGUGACUUCCCCAGCUGUGGGAAGGCCUUUGCCACAGGGUAUGGGCUGAAGAGCCACGUGCGCACCCACACUGGUGAGAAGCCAUACAAGUGCCCCGAGGAGCUGUGCAGCAAGGCCUUCAAGACCUCGGGCGACCUGCAGAAGCACGUGCGCACACACACCGGUGAACGCCCUUUCCGGUGCCCCUUUGAGGGCUGCGGUCGCUCCUUCACCACCUCGAACAUCCGCAAGGUGCACGUGCGCACGCACACAGGCGAGCGGCCCUACACCUGCCCUGAGCCCCACUGUGGCCGAGGUUUCACCAGUGCCACCAACUACAAGAACCACGUGCGCAUCCACACAGGGGAGAAGCCAUAUGUUUGCACGGUGCCAGGCUGUGGGAAGCGCUUCACGGAGUACUCAAGCCUGUACAAGCACCACGUGGUGCACACACACUGCAAGCCCUACACCUGCAGCACCUGCGGCAAGACCUACCGGCAGACAUCCACGCUGGCCAUGCACAAGCGCAGCGCCCACGGCGAGCUGGAGGCCACGGAGGAGAGUGAGCAGGCGCUUUACGAGCAGCAGCAGCUCGGCGCCGCCUCUGCAGCUGAGGAGAGCGCACUGCCCAAACAGCCCCCCGUCGCAUACCUCUCUGAGGUAAAGGAAGAAGGCGAUGACAUCUCGGCCCAGGUGGCCAUGGUGACGGAGGAGGAUGGAGCCCCCCAGGUGGCCCUGAUCACUCAGGAUGGUGCCCAGCAGGUCAGCCUGUCCCCUGAAGAUCUGCAGGCCCUGGGGAGUGCCAUCAGUAUGGUGACCCAGCAUGGAGGCACCACCCUCACCAUCCCCAGUCAUGACAACGAACUUGUCACACCUGGCACACAUACGGUCACCAUGGUCAGCGCAGAUGGCACCCAGACACAGCCCGUCACGAUUAUUACCUCUGGAGCAGUGGUGGCUGAAGACCCCAGUGUGGCAUCCCUUCAUCACCAGCAGGUGGCGCUGUUGGCUACAGCCAAUGGGACGCACAUUGCUGUGCAGCUGGAGGAGCAGCAGACCUUAGAAGAGGCCAUCAGCGUGGCCACCGCUGCCAUGCAGCAAGGGGCCGUGACCCUGGAGACGGCAGCGUCGGAGAGCGGCUGCUGAGCCCACAGAGCUGGCUCUGACGCCAUGCUGGAGGAGCUGCUGUGCCGCACAGGCGUCCUGGCCUCCGAGGGCCGAGGCGGUGGCAGACGUGGAAAGCGGCCGCACAAGGCUCUGGCCAGACGGCAGCAGGAACAUGGCCUGAGUGACGGGGGCAGGGCCCUGCCCAAGAGGAGAGCCAAGCAGUCGGGAUCAAGGGAGCACGUCUUCCUUGGAAACUGAGGAGGCCAGCCUGCGCCAGGCGUCCUCCCCUGAGGGUCAGCGGGCGCCUCUCCUGCCUCUAGAGAACACCCUGCCUGCCCUCAGCCCUCUCUCCUCCCGGAGGGGGAGACUGGGCACCAUGGGGACUGGCCACUGCCCACCGUGGGCAAGGGCAGACAGCCUUUUGGUCCAGUCCAGGCACAGAGCAGGCCUGGGCCUGCCACACAGGAGUUUCCGGACCCCUCCCCUGCCUAGCAAUAACCAUCUCCCUAGCCACUUGGCAACAGGGACUUUCUCAGAAUUCCUCAGGGGCCUGUGGCUGGAGAAGGGGGGUGCUCAGCCCCCACCACUCCCCAGCCGACCCCCAACCUCUCUCUGGCAGAGGCAAGGGGCCUUGUGCAUAGACUGCUGGGGAGUGGGUUCGGUUUGUUGUUAUUUGGGUUUUCUGUUUUUUAUUCCACUUUGGUCAUUUUCUUUUCCUGCUAUGGAUAGUGGUGGCAAAUGAACGAAUGAAUAUUUAAUAAACGUUCCAAGUUUCCA